AUGGAAGGUCGGAUGGAACCUUGCGACGGCACCGUCGUGACGUGGUUCGUCUCUGCACGCCGCUGGACAGCCGGUGACGGGAUGGAUCUCCACAUCGACAUCGCCUUGAAGCGCCCACCUACGCCGUCGGAGACCGCCGCUUACGGCGAAUUGGAGUCGCUCUCCACUACAACCCGAAGUCGUGGUCCCAUAGUGGAGUUCGGCCGUGCCACAACGGCACAUGGGCAGCCCGAUACAGGGGCGGCACUGCCAGCCCCCACGAGGGGAAGGGCCUAGAAAAGGUGGCCUAAACAUUGCUGGGUACAACGCCGUCUCCAGGCUAUCCAGGGCUGCAGACGUCUUGUCAUGGUCGAAACAAUCAAAAUCGAAACAACAACAAUACCAAUAACAACAACAACCAUACUCAUUCUCCUCAUCCUACCUCUUCUACCUCUUUCUCUGCCUAUUCUUCUCCUUCAUCACCUUCUUCUGCAUCUCCUUUCCGUCGCCCCACUCGUUGUCACCAGACUGGCAGGGUGAGCCCGCUCACUCUGGCAGCCUGGAAUGUUCGUUCCCUUUUAGACAAUCCGAGGAGCAACCGACCGGAACGGAAGGCGGCGCUAGUGGCACGAGAACUGGCGCGCUACGAGGUGGACAUCGCCGCACUCAGCGAGACCCGUUUCUCCGAACAAGGCCAACUGGAGGAGGUGGGUGCCGGCUACACCUUCUUCUGGAGCGGUCGACCCAGAGCAGAGCGACGGGACGCGGGCGUCGCCUUCGCCAUUCGGAACGACAUCGUGGGACGACUGUCCUGUUUGCCGCAGGGCAUAAACGAUCGCCUGAUGAGCCUCCGCCUGCCUCUCUGGGGUGGGGGCAAAUUUGCCACCAUCAUCAGCGCCUACGCUCCGACGAUGACCAACCCCGACUCCGUCAGAGACAAAUUCUACGAGGACCUGCACGCCCUCUUGGCGACUGUGUCGAAGGCGGACAAGUUGAUUGGCCUUGGUGACUUCAACGUCCGCGUCGGCACAGACCAUACUGCCUUGAGAGGACUGCUGGGUCCCCACGGCCUCCGCGGCUCAAACGACAAUGGUCUGCUGCUGCGCCGCACCUGCGCCGCACCUGCGCCGCACCUGCGCCGCACCUGCGCCGCACCUGCGCAGAACACCGCCUCAUCCUGA